CGCUCGGUGGGAGUUGCGAGUCUAUCGCGAGCUUGCCGAGCGUGCGGUUAUGAUCGUCGUCUUCGUCCUCCUCGUUGUCGUCGUCGAGCGGCUACUUCCUUGUCGAGAUACAACAACAGCUUCGUCGUGUCCUCCUCUUCCACGUUUAUUUAAUCGAGAACGAACGAGCUGUUAUCACGGAACGAUUAAUAAAAAUCUGUUCGUUCGUCAAUACUCGUCCUUCGACAUGGGUUAAACGAAGAAGAAUCGUUAUUCGAAAGAGAGAGAAGAGAGGGAGAGGGAAAGAGAAAAUCUAAAGAAUUAUUUCUCAAUUUUCCUCAUUUUAUUUCCUCAUUUUAAUUGACCAUGACAAAGUCAUGUCGAUUACGUACAAAGUGUAUAGAAACUCGUGAAACUCUGUUAUGAGAAAGAGAAAAAAGAAAAAGAGGGGAAAUAAAUAACGCUAGAUCGCCCUUACGAAAUCGUCCCGCGUGAUUUUCUUCAUUUAUUUCUUUCACAAUUUCUUUGAAUUUUAUUUUAUUUUAUUUUGUUUUUUUUUUUUGCUUUUUUAUUUCUUUCGAGCCGACUUACCGUUAAGCCCAGGCAUCAUCGGUCGAAUUCACCGUUAACGUAAUAAGAAGAAAAGUGUAUCGUUAAGAGAAAGAAAGAAAGAAAGAAAGAAAAGAAGAUAUAUAUAUGUGUAUACAUAUAUAUUUAUUAUAUAUAUAUAUGUAUGUGUAUAUGUAAACGAAGUACCUUGAAACUUACCAAAUAAUAAUAGCGAUCGCACUGCUCCGAUCGAUACGUGUGUGCUGGACGAACGAUCUCUUCUCUCUAGUAUAUACCUACAUAUAUAUAUUUUAUAUAUAUACAUACAUACAUACACACAACAUACAUACAUACACGUUAGCACAUUCCUAAGUACAUCAUUCGUACUUACUCGCGUGCAUAAGACAUAGGAGACGGAAAGAAAGAGAGAGAAAGAGAGAGAAAAAGAAAGAGAGAGAGCGAGAGAGAGAGGGAAGAUCGCUAAAAGAGGACGAGGAGAGGAGGGAAUUCGUGGCCGUCGGCCAAAUAACCAGUCCACUUCGAUCGAAAGACACAAGAGAGUGAGAAAGAGAAAGAGAGAAAGAAAGAAAGAAAGAGAGAGAGAGAACACGAAGAAAAGAUCAUCCUCUCGAUCCUCCAUUAUCGGCAAGACUCUACUACGUUUAGAGACUUUUCUCGCUAUAAUUCUAACGUUUGAAGGAGAAAAAGAAAAGAAAAAAAAAAAAAAUCAACAAGUGGAAUUACGAAAGACACCGCGUCUGUUAUCUGUCUUGCUCGUUCGUUCGUUCGUUCGUUUACUACGAAAGGAAAAGCAUAGAUCGAACGAGGAUAUUGAAAAAAGAAAUAAAAUAAAAUAAAAUAAAAUAAAUAAAUAAAAGGAAGAGAUAAACAAAACGCGACGUCUGAAUCAUCGUUUGAAUCAUCGUUAUAUUUCUUUUCUUUUUUUUUUCACAAAGAAGGAAUAGUAGAACGUUUAGAGCGACGAAAUCGUUGUUGUUUACCUUGUUGAGGUUAGAGAUCGGUCUCUUGCGAUCAAACGCGAGUUUUCUGUAGUCGUCUUCGUCGUCGUCGUCGAUCGUCGUCGUCGUCGUCGUCGUCGUCGUCGUCAGCGUCGUCGAUGCUCUGCUUACGUAAGGAACGUUCCAACGCGAUAACUUCGCCAGUGAGCCUCGUCAUACGAUUUCGUUUCUUUCAUUCGUGAAAGAGAAAGAGGAAGAGAGAAAGAGAAACUCGCUGGACGAGUUUCCAGAACGCUCUGUGCAUAUUUAUUUUAUAUUCACGUGUGUGUUUAUACGCGUGGCUGCUUAGUGUGUUUAUGCGCACGUGUAUACGUGUUUGUGUCUGUCCGUCUCUACGUGUAUACAUAUAUUACAUAUAUAUACAUUAAUAUACGUGUGUAUAUUAUAUACAUCGAAGUGAUCCAGAAAGAAGAGGAAGUAGUGCUAAUUAAUUAUUAACGAACAAGCUCUUCGAUCGAAGAAGACGAGGAUAAUUGAAAAAGGACAGAAGAGAGAGAGAGAGAGAGAGAGAGAGAGAAAGAGAAAGAAAGAAAAAAUCAGGAUUCGCUUGAAUGACCUUCCUAUUUUGUGGAUUCGUCUUCGACUCGUCGGACGAGAAGACGAAACAAAUGCCUGUCGCCUCGGAGGAUUGGGUGGCUCACCCUCCUAAAAUCCCUAAUUCUAUCGCUAGUUCAAUCACCACGGUUAAGGGUGCCACUAUACAAAACACCGCCACCAUACAGAGCAACACUACCGCGUGGAUGUCGCCGUAUAGUAGAACACCCGAUCGUUCUUCUCCUAAUAUUAAUAAUAAUAAUAAUAAUAACAACAAUAAUAACAAUCAUAAUAAUCAUAAUAACCAUAACAACAACAACAACAACAACAGUGGCGUUGUUAUAUUGGAGGGAUGCAGACCACCUGCGGCUACCACGGCGAGAAGGUUCCUCAGGUGGUUCAGUAGACUCGGUCAACCACCGAUUGGAAAGUCAGGGGUGUUGGAGAUGGCUGCCACGGAGAGUACUAUUCGAUUUAGCGGGCACACGUUGGAUAAAGCUACCAAGGCCAAGGUAACGUUGGAGAAUUAUUACAGCAACUUAAUAGCCCAACACAUAGAGAGGAAGCAGAGGCUAGCAAAGUUGGAGGAAUCAUUGAAGGAUGAGGGCCUUUCGGAACAACAAAAACAGGAGAAGAGAUUGCAGCACGCCCAGAAGGAAACAGAAUUCCUGCGAUUGAAAAGGUCCAGGCUUGGCGUCGAAGAUUUCGAACCACUCAAGGUCAUCGGUAGAGGAGCCUUCGGCGAGGUGAGACUGGUACAAAAGAAGGACACUGGUCACGUUUACGCUAUGAAAAUACUGAGGAAAGCAGACAUGCUAGAAAAGGAACAAGUUGCUCACGUCAGAGCUGAAAGGGACGUCCUCGUCGAGGCUGAUCAUCAGUGGGUCGUCAAGAUGUAUUACAGUUUUCAAGAUCCCAUUAAUCUUUAUCUAAUAAUGGAAUUUUUACCGGGCGGCGACAUGAUGACGCUUCUUAUGAAGAAGGAUACGCUAUCCGAAGAGUGCACGCAAUUUUAUAUUUCCGAAACGGCGUUAGCCAUCGACUCCAUACACAAAUUAGGUUUUAUUCAUAGAGAUAUUAAGCCAGACAACCUAUUGUUGGAUGCACGGGGCCACAUAAAGCUGUCUGAUUUCGGGCUGUGUACGGGAUUGAAGAAAUCCCACAGGACUGAUUUUUAUCGAGACCUAAGCCAGGCUAAACCUUCCGACUUCAUGACGUCGUGUGGAAGUGGAAGCGGAGGUGCUAUGGAUAGUAAAAGAAGGGCUGAAAGUUGGAAGAGAAAUAGAAGAGCUCUCGCUUAUAGCACAGUUGGAACACCCGAUUACAUCGCUCCCGAAGUAUUUCUACAAACUGGUUACGGGCCAGCUUGCGAUUGUUGGUCUCUAGGAGUCAUCAUGUAUGAAAUGCUUAUAGGAUAUCCACCAUUUUGUAGCGAGAAUCCUCAAGAAACGUAUAGGAAGGUAAUGAAUUGGCGAGAGACGUUGGUCUUUCCACCCGAAGUGCCCAUAAGCGAAGAGGCUAAGGAUACCAUAAUCAGAUUCUGUUGCGAAGCCGAUAGAAGACUAGGAUCUCAAAGGGGUAUCGAAGAACUCAAGUUAGCUCCUUUCUUCCGCGGUGUCGAUUGGGAACACAUAAGAGAGAGACCAGCUGCGAUCCCGGUCGAAGUACGAUCCAUCGACGACACAUCCAACUUCGACGAGUUCCCAGACGUAAAGUUAGAGAUACCGUCAGCACCAAUGCCACAGGACGGUGAGGUGAUCUACAAGGAUUGGGUGUUCAUAAACUACACGUUCAAGCGUUUCGAAGGUCUCACGCAACGGGGAACGCCAACGAAAAAAUAGCAACCCCCGAUACCUUGCUCGAACAUCAGCAGUCAGCAAAGCGACACGAUAGGAGUAGGAGGAGGUGGAGGUGGAGGUGGAGUUCCGGCCUUGGUACAUCAUCCUCAUCAUCAUCCACCGUUGUCCUCGACAACGUCGCGAUCUACAGCAACGGCAACAACAUUAACAACAUCAUCGACAACAAUAACAUCAUCAACAACAACAAUGACAACAACAACAACAACAACAAUAGACGAUUAAAAAUAAUUUCUCUUCGUCUUUCGUCUAAGACGUUCUCUCUCUCUAACUUUCUCGUCCUUAUAAAAAAAAAAAAAAAAAAAAAAAAAAAAAAAAAACACAAA